AUGAUUCAGAAUAUUGAGAAGACAGUCCUGCUCUCUGAGCAUGUCAAUCUACUUGCUGCUGAGGUGGAACCUGAGACAGUAGACCAGGAAAUGCAGGAUUUUGAGAUGCAGGUUGACCUGGCUGAGAGAGAGCAGCAGGAAUCCUUCUCUGAGAAGACAGUGAAGAGAGAUUUUGAGAUGAUUAUCACCUUAGAUGAGAAGGAGAAGAAGAAGAAGAAGAAGAAGAAGAAGAAGAAGAAUGAGAAGUGA